UCAAGGACGCAAGUCUGCAGCCUCUCCCCCAGCAUGGCACGCCUGUGGGCUGGGUUGUUAGGGGGAGCUGUGCUUUUGUGUGUUGUGCCAUGUCCCUCCAUUUCAGCUGGGCAUGUUACUAAGUGAGUAUAUUUGUGCAGCACCUCAUGUCAUUCUUUGUUGUUUGCUUGUUUCUUCCAGAACACUAUAAUUAUGCAUCUUCAAAUGUAAGUGCUGGCUUGCCCCUAAAUGUGGCACAUUCCUCAUUGUCAACUCCAUGUCAUGGCCUGCAGACAUCAAAUCCCGUCAUUUCAGUUGUCCCAUCGACAAACCACCCCUCUGGAUAUGGAGGACACGUUGACAGCGGAGCCUCCGAGUACUACCUGCCGCCAAACAUGAGGCCUAAUGGAGCUCCAGCACUGGAGAGCCCCAGAAUUGAGAUCACGUCUUACAUGGGAUUGCAUCACAACAACAACCAGUUUUUCCACGAUGAGGUGGAGGAGGCCAUCCCCAACGCCAAGCGGUCGCCUUCCACCGCCACUCUGAACCUGCCGAACAUCGAGGCGUACAGAGACCCAUCCUGCCUCAGUCCAGCCAGUAGCUUGUCUUCCAGAAGCUGCAACUCCGAAGCGUCUUCCUACGAGUCCAACUACUCGUAUCCAUACACUUCCCCUCAGACCUCUCCGUGGCAGUCCCCGUGCGUCUCUCCGAAGACCACCGACACAGAGGAGGGCUACCAGCGCAGCAUGGUGGCCUGUACUUUGCUCAGCUCCCCGAGGCACUCUCCGUCAACGUCUCCCAGGACGAGCAUCACAGAGGAGAACUGGCUGGGGGCUCGCAGCUCCAGGCCUCCGUCUCCCUGCAACAAGAGGAAGUACAGCCUCAACGGCCGGCAGACCUCCUAUUCCCCACACCACUCCCCUACUCCCUCCCCGCAGAGCUCGCCGCGGGUGAGCGUCACGGACGACACGUGGCUGGGGAACACCAACCAGUACACCAGCUCCGCCAUCGUCGCUGCCAUCAACGCCCUCACCACCGACAGCACCCUCGACAUGAACGAUGGGAUUCCCAUCAAGUCGAGGAAGACCGCCAUUGAUCACACCCCAUCCAUGACUCUCAAAACCGAACCGGCUGGCGAGGAGCAUGGGACCAUAUCGCCAACUGCUGAUUUGUCACCAGAAGACUUCUCCAGCUUUCAGCACAUCAGGAAAGGAAACUUCUGCGAGCAGUACCUGUCAGUGCCACAGCAUCCCUACCAGUGGGCCAAACCAAAGCCUCUAUCUCCAACAUCCUACAUGAGCCCAUCCCUGCCUGCUCUUGACUGGCAGCUGCCAUCUCACUCAGGACCUUACGAGCUCCGUAUCGAAGUGCAGCCGAAGUCCCACCACCGAGCUCAUUACGAGACAGAGGGCAGUCGAGGGGCUGUGAAGGCAUCUGCAGGGGGCCACCCCAUUGUGCAGCUCCACGGUUACUUAGAAAGCGAGCCGCUCACGCUGCAGCUGUUCAUCGGGACGGCAGACGACCGCCUGCUGCGGCCCCACGCCUUCUACCAGGUUCACCGCAUCACCGGCAAGACCGUGUCCACCACCAGCCACGAAACAAUCCUUUCCAACACCAAAGUCCUGGAAAUCCCCCUUCUUCCAGAGAACAACAUGAGAGCUAUCAUCGACUGUGCUGGGAUAUUAAAGCUCCGAAACUCUGACAUCGAGCUGCGCAAGGGAGAGACGGACAUCGGUCGGAAGAACACACGCGUGCGUCUGGUCUUCAGGGUUCAUAUCCCACAGGCCAAUGGCAGGACCCUCUCCCUGCAAGUAGCCUCCAACCCCAUUGAGUGCUCUCAGAGAUCUGCCCAAGAACUGCCUCUGGUGGAGAAGCAAAGUACCGACAGUUUUCCUGUUACCGGAGGGAAAAAAAUGGUACUGACUGGUCAUAACUUUCUGCAAGACUCCAAAGUCAUCUUUGUGGAGAAAGCACCAGAUGGUCACCAUGUGUGGGAAAUGGAAGCCAAAACCGACAAAGAAAUGUGCAAGCCAAAUUCAUUGGUGGUUGAGAUACCACCUUUCCGCAAUCAGAGAAUUACCAGCCCUGUUCAGGUCAACUUCUAUGUCUGCAACGGGAAAAGAAAGAGAAGCCAGUACCAGCUUUUCACCUAUCUUCCUGCUAAUGUUCCAAUUAUAAAAACAGAACCCACAGAUGACUAUGAGCCUGCUCAAACCUGUGGACCAAUGAACCAAGGCUUAAGCCCUCUCUCUAAGCCAUACUACAGCCAGCAGAUCAUGAUGCCCCCUGACCCUGGUUCGUGCCUGGUGGCCGGCUUUGCCUCCUGCCAGCAGAGGAACGCCGUGAUGUCACCUUCUCCCAACGCAAGCCCCAAGCUGCACGACCUUUCGUCCUCUCCUUACAAGUGCAUCCCCAACCCGGGCCACAGUCACCUCGGACUUCAGCAGCCCGCUGGAGGUGUCCCCACCAUACAGGAAGUGCCAAGGUCUAUAGUUGUGCACCCAAGCCCCCCCGAGCAAUCAUCUCACGUCAUGCUGCAGCCGCAGUAAAUGAAAUUAUAAGGAAUGACCUUUCCAGUACCAAUGUCCACUCAUAGCUUUCAGUGUGGGCCUGGUGUGAAACACAGACUUUUGACUUGGCUGGCACGUCACCUCAAGUCGGGAGAUGCCGAAUGAACUGAAGAUGUUGCCUGGUACCACUCUGAUCUUCCACCUUAAUGAAUGUCAGGAACUGAAGAUUUACCUCUUGCUUACAAAGAAGUAUCUCCUCAACUUCAACUGAUGAAACAGCUUUUUUUAAAGAAAUUCAUCUCAAAAGAGAGAAGAGAGAGUGCGCUCCAAGACGGCGCGUUUCGUGGGACAAAACUAGGAAACUCAGCAAAGGCUGAGCGCUUCUUCCCAUUGCUGAUCCUUUUGGCAUGGCACCGCUGGAAUACAGCCCUGGAAGUGCCUUAUUUUACCAGGUUGUGGCAUCAGGGCAUUUUUAAUAAGCUUUGAAUUCGCUACCAUUAAAAGUGUUGGUAGGUGCAGCAACUCUAGAGCUUGAAUUCUGGAGAGUGAUACUGGAAAAAAGCAUAGGACUCUGCAGCAGAGUAGGGAGAGCAAUCCCCACUCCAGUAAGACACGUUCAUGAAUUCCAGAAUUUCCUCAGCUUUUCCUCUGCUGUAAUGUACAGCCUAUUGCCUUAUUCUCAGUGCAUUUCAAAAGCCUCCUGAUUCGUCAUCAUCUCAGCUUUCUUUUGCAUUUUGCCUUUAUUACGUGCUAAUGAAUCAUAGGGUUGGUAGUAGUAGCAUGGUAAGAUUUUGAUCCGGCUUCUGUCAUAGCACAAGUGAGUUGAAUAGCACAAACUAAAAAAGGUUGAUGGACAAAAAAUUGAAAUCUAUCUUUUACAUGAUAGAUGAAUGUGUAUGCAUGUACAUACAUACUAGUAUAUAUGCAUAUAUUUAUAUAUGGCAAAUAAUAUAGAUGAUUGCCUAGUAAGGGCACUGAAUUUAGCAAUAAUUUCAAUUUCUGAGAAUGCAUUUCAAAUCCACAGCAAAUAUUUCAGCUACUUCCUUUGAGGGUUUGUUGCACCUAAAGCAGGUAUGCAUUUUCUUUCCUCACGCAGUUAAGCAAGCACUUUAGAUAGGCAAGAAGGAUGCAUACAAGAUACAUGUUAUUUACCAAAUGUCAGAAUAUGAGUUAUAGUAACUGUAAAUACCAUUAUGGAAGAGUGUAAAAUAUUUGUUCAGUUAUAAUGUUAUUAUUCCGCAGAAGCCUUAUAACUCUCUGCUACAUGUAUGGAAAAGGAUGUUACCAAAAACCCACCUCGUUUUCUUUCACAUGCAGCGCUGUAUAGUGUGUUUUCAGAUUAGCUAAUGUUCCUAGAGCUACAGGUAGGCAUGUAGAUUAGCCUUCAACAUUGUAUUUUUUACAAUCAACCGCUUAUUAUAUAACUAGCAACAACCUAUUACUUCACAUAACCAAAAAAUAUUAAAAAAAAUAAAACUUAAGUAAAAUAGCAUGACUAAAUUAAAAAUGUUUAACAUUAAUAUUGUGCCUUAGGAAUCUGUGCCCCCUCCUGGAAACACAUCCGAACUACACCCCCCGAGCUGGGGUGGCUCCUUAACCCCAAUGCAAUGAAGACUGAACAGGUUUCACAAAAAGGUGAAAUCCAACUAAGUGUUUUAAAACAUUCUUCUGUAUAAUUAUGUCUUACUUUCUUUAGGGGAAAAAAAAAAAAGAAAGCCAUAUUUGUCACAUUUGCACAUUACUGUGAAGACAUGAGAAUAUAAUAUGGCUCUAUGUACAUAAUAUGCUGUUACUGGUCCUUAUAAUAGUCUGUUAUUCCUCACCUGUUUAAUCCCAAUUAUUUACCCUGUAUUUAGCGUUGUAGACGUUGCAUGAAACGUUUCUUAUAGACUGCCAUAUGGAAAAUUAAAAAGCUCGACAGAUGUCAGCUUGACUUGUAGCUAGAAAAUAGAAAUAAUAAAGCAAAAUGUUUUGCUGGAAGCUAGUCUUAGAGUGGUUCAUUUUAUGUUAUCUUGAAAAAUCUUCUUUUCUCAUAUAAAAUAGCAUUUUUACAUUAUAUACAUAUGUGUCUCCAUCUCUUCUAUAUGAAGCUGCUUGCAUCUUGCUAACAUAACCAUCUUAGUAUGGAAGCAAAGUCUCUUGUCAACAGGCUCCAUUUCCCCACUGCAUUUAAAAGACAUUGCUCCCAAGAAGAGGAAAUUAUACGUGAUAUAAUCCUCAGAUUUUAUUCUCUCAUUAUUUCAGAAAUGUCAAUAAACUGUGCAUGAAGGAGUCUCUGAUUAUGCCAAAGCAUUUUUUUAUUCAUAUACUAAAUAUCUUGGGUGAGGCUUUAACCGUGCCGGACAAUGCACACACACACACAAAGGCACAUUUCAGCAGUAAUUUUAGCAAAGUUUUCAAAUGUAUGGUUUGGCUAUGUUGCAGCUCCUUCAUUCUGAUUUUUAUUUUCCUCUUUAAGCUAUUUUGGAAAAAAAGAAAUACCCCAACCUGUUACUUUUAAGCCUGGAUAAUGGAAGAUUAUGCAUCUGUUGUAUAUGUAUUCAUAAAAUAAAAACGA